AUGAUCUCCGACACGAACGCUGUUCUUUUUCGUAUCUUCUUCUUUCUAUGUCUCUUCUCUUUGGCAGCGGCACAACAGCCUUACGUAGGCAAAUCAACCACCGAUUGUUCCGUUUCCGACAACUCAACCUCCGUUCUUGGCUACUCUUGUAACGGCCUCAACAAAACCUGUCUCUCUUACGUCACUUUCCGAUCAAAACCUCCUUUCUCCACCGUCUCUUCAAUCUCUUCCCUCUUCUCCGUCGACUCAUCUCUCGUCUCUUCCCUCAACAACGCCGCAACGACCUCAACUUCCUUCCCUUCUGGUCAACAAGUCAUCAUCCCCGUAACUUGUUCUUGCUCCGGUUCCUAUUCGCAAGCCAAUCUCAACUACACAAUCCAACAAAACGAUUCAUACUUCUUCAUUGCCAACGACACUCUCCAAGGCCUAUCGACGUGUCAAGCUUUGGAGAAACAGAACAAUGUUUCCUCUCAAUCUCUGUUUCCUGGUAUGAGGAUCGUUGUUCCGAUACGUUGCGCGUGUCCCACGGCUAAACAAGUCAACGAAGACGGAGUCAACUAUCUGAUGAGCUACACGGUGGUUUUCGGAGACACGGUGGACAUCAUCAGCCAGAGAUUCGGCGUUGAGACGAACAAGACUUUAAUAGCUAAUCAAAUGUCUUUUGAGAAUGCUGGUGUCUUCCCUUAUACAACAAUUCUGAUUCCUUUAGAGAAUCCUCCUUCACAAGUCAACUCUCUGACUCCUCCUCCUCCUCCUCCGCCAGCUCAAUCGGUUUCUCCUCCAUUGAAAUCGAAGAAAACUUGGGUCUAUGUUCUUGCGGGAGUACUAGGAGGAGCUUUGGUUUUGAGUGUGAUUGCUGCAGCCAUCUUCUGUCUGGUUAAGCGGAAACCGAAAACGCAAGAAGAAACGAGAAACUUCGAUAGCUUCACGGCCAAGAAACCUCCGAAAUCCGAUCAAGAUCAAGAAUCAGAAUUCGAUCCUCUAGAUGGUUUAUCAGGGAUGGUGGUAGAUACUUUAAAAGUAUACAAAUUCAACGAGCUGCGAUCAGCGACGAGUGAUUUCACGUCGUCUAGCUCGAUCGGAGGAUCAGGGUACAUCGGAAAAAUCAACGGCGAUGGAGCAAUGAUCAAGAAAAUCGAAGGAAACGCAUCUGAGGAGAUUAACUUGUUGUCCAAGCUAAACCAUUUCAACAUCAUUCGUCUCUCAGGGUUCUGUUUUCACGAAGGAGAUUGGUACUUAGUCUAUGAACACGCUUCAAAUGGAAGCUUAAGCGAUUGGAUCCACUCUAAAUCGCUUUUGAGCUCGACUCAGAGAUUGCAAAUCGCGUUAGAUAUAGCCACGGGGCUUAACUAUCUACACAACUUCGCUGAUCCUCCGUACGUUCACAGAGAUUUGAACAGCGGGAAUGUGUUUCUUGACUACGAGUUUCGAGCCAAGAUUGGUAAUUUAGGGUUAGCCAAAUCGACAGGAGAAGGAGAAGGUUACGUUUUGACGAGACACGUGGAAGGAACGAGAGGGUAUUUAGCUCCCGAGUAUUUGGAACAUGGGUUAGUCUCGACUAAGCUUGAUGUUUAUGCUUUUGGAGUGUUGUUGUCGGAGAUUGUUACUGGUAAAGAUGUGUCUGAACUGAAGAAAGAGAUUGAAGAAGGUGAUGCGAUGGAGGAGCUUUUGGUUCGUGGGAGAUUCUUACCUGAAGGGUUAGUGAGUUUUGUGGUUAGAUUGGUGGAUGAUUGUUUGAAGAGAGAUCAUUUGGAUCGUCCAUCGAUGGAUGAAAUUGUUCUGUCUUUGUCUAAGAUCUUGACGGCUUCGAAAAGCUGGGAAUCAUCGUACUAA